AUGGCUGUUGUUGGUCUUGAUAUGGGCAAUUUUUCAUCAUAUAUCGGCGUUGCCCGUGCCGGUGGUGUUGAAAUUAUUGCGAAUGAAUAUUCAGAUCGCCUAACUCCAACUUAUGUCACAUUUGACAAAUCGACUCGUUCAGUUGGUCAAGCAUCGAAAGCAAUGGAAGUUACAAAUGCAAAAAAUACAAUUAAUAAUUUCAAACGAUUAAUAGGUCGACGAUAUCAAGAUUCAUAUGUUCAACAAGAAAAAGAUUUUAAUGCCUAUUCAAUUGUUGAAGGAAAUAAUGGUUCCGUAAAUAUUGAAGUCGACUAUCUUAAUGAACGUAAACGAUUUACACCCGAACAAAUCUCUGGAAUAAUGUUUACAAAAUUAAGACAAAUAACCGAUACUGAAUUAAAAACUAAAGCUAUUGAUUGUGUUAUUGGAGUACCUUGUUAUUUUACUGAUGCUGAAAGACGAGCAAUGCUUGAUGCUUCACAAAUCGCUGGUUGGAAUUGUCUUCGUUUAUUAAAUGAAACAACAGCAGUUGCACUUGGUUAUGGCAUUUAUAAAGCAGAUCUUCCCGAACCAGCUGACAAACCUCGUCUUGUUGCUUUUGUUGAUAUGGGUUAUACAUCAUUACAAGCAUCGGUUGUUGCAUUUAAUAAAGGCAAAUUGAAAAUGGUAGCAACAGCUUGUGAUCCAUCAUUAGGUGGUCGCGAUUUCGAUACUAUAAUUAUGGAUGCUAUGCGUGAAGAUUAUCAAAAACGUUAUAAAGUUGAUUCAUAUAGUACAGCUAAAGCAAAAUUACGAUUACGAGCUGAAUGUGAAAAAGCUAAAAAAUUAAUGUCAAGUAACACUCAACCAAUUCCAAUUGGACUUGAAUGUUUCAUUGAUGAAAAAGAUGUUAAUGGAAAAAUGUCACGUGCUGAUUUCGAAGAAUUAGCUAAACCAAUACUUGAACGUGUACGACAUACACUCGAAAGUCUUCUUAAAGAAGCUAAGCUAACAGUUGACGAUAUUGAAUGUGUCGAAAUUGUUGGUGGUUCAACUCGUGUACCAGCUAUUAGACAAAUUGUUGAAGAUGUUUUUCUUAAAAAACCAAUGACAACAAUGAAUGCUGAUGAAAGUGUUGCACGUGGUUGUACUUUAAUGUGUGCUAUAUUAAGUCCAACAUUUAAAGUUAAAGAAUUUAAAAUUGAAGAUUGUCAACCAUAUCCAAUAACAUUAUCAUGGCAAGGAGGUGUUAAUGAAGAUAAUGAAGUUGAAGUAUUUAGUCGAUGGAAUGUAAUACCAUCAACAAAAAUGCUUUCAUUUUAUAAACGAGAACCAUUAACAGUUGAAGCUCGUUAUUCAUAUCCAAAUGAUAUUCCAUUUUCUGAAUCACGCAUAGGUCAAUAUACAAUCGAAAACAUUCAACCACAACCAGAUGGUACACCAUCAAAAAUUAAAGUUAAAGUUCGACUUAAUCGUAAUGGAAUUUUCGAUGUAACACAAGCAUCACUUAUUGAAACUAUUGAGGAACCAAAUGCACCUGACGCUCCUGCAGAAACCAUGGAAACAGUAACAUCUGGUGCACAAACAGUAGACAAUGGUGAAGAUCAAAGUGCUCCAACAGUAACUGAACCUAUGGAAGAGAGCGCUGCACCAGCUAAUGCCGCUGGUAGUGGUGAUGCUCAACAAGAUGAAAAAGAAAAAGAUGAAGAAGGAAAACCAAAAGCAGCUACUGCAGCAACACCUAAAAAGAAAAAAAAAGAAAUUGAUUUACCAAUAACACCACGAGUACCUGGUGCAACUAAAAAAGAACUCGAACGAUUAAUUGAACAAGAACUUGAAAUGAUAUCGCAAGAUAAAAAAGAAAAAGAACGUUCCGAUGCUAAAAAUGCUGUUGAAGAAUAUGUUUAUGAAAUGCGUGGAAAAGUCGAUGGUGGAGAUUAUGAAAAAUUUUCGGAUGAAAAAAUUCGUCAAAAAUUAUUAAGUGAUCUUCAAAUAACGGAAGAUUGGUUAUAUGACGAUGGAAUGAAUCAAGAGAAAAAUGUUUAUGUUGAUCGUUUGAAAAAUUUAAAAAGCCUUGGUGAACCAAUUCGUACUCGUUAUCAUGAAGCCGAAAAUCGUUCACAUCAUAUGCAAGAAUUUAUGAAAUCAAUACAACGUGUUGAUGAAGCUUUACAAGUUUAUUAUACAAAAUCAAGUGAUAAAUAUUCUCAUAUUGAUCAAAAUGAUAUUGAAAAAGCAAAUAAAAUUUUAACCGAAAAACAAACAUGGUACGAUCAAACAGCCAAUCGUUUUAAUGCACUUAAAACACAUGAAGAUCCAACAAUACUUUGUUCACAAAUUAAACAAGAACGAGAUUCACUUGAAAGAGAAUGUUGGGCAAUCUUAAAUAAAGCAAAACCCAAAGUUGAACUUCCUAAAGAAGAUGCUUCAAAACAACAAGCCAAUAAUCAACAACAACAACAACAACAACAAGCUCCACCUCAACAACAACCACCUCCAGCUUCAGGAAAUCAAAAUCCACAAUCAACUGAACCUCAAUCAUCAAUGGAAGUUGAUUAA